UGGAAGGAAAAAGUGAGGUUAAAUCAGUUGUCAAAAAAAUUAUGCUGGAAGUGUGAGGAAAAAUUGUCAAUAAAUGCCAUGGAUUUGCUGUAUUACCUGGAAUUGUGUGCAAAUCCCAUUCGUUUUGAUCCCGUGAGCCACCUGACCAAUGUCUUCUUCGAUGAUUCCAACAAACAGGUUUUUGCUGUUCGAUCUGGAGGAGCAACGGGGAUUGUGGUCAAGGGACCUGCAGAUACAGUUCAUACAUUCUGUAUGGACGAUCGAGGGCCUAUAAGAUCGAUAAAAUUCUCUCCGGACAUGAAAAUUCUCGCCAUUCAGCGAACGGAUGUCUGUGUGGAGUUUAUCAAUUUUGCCAAUGGACAGCCCAUUCCCAAUGAAAUGCUGCAGUUCCGAGGUAAGAAUGCGCAAAUUUUUGGAUUUGUCUGGGUGGCCAAUAAGGAAGUGGCAAUGAUUUCGAAUGGGGGUAUUGAGCUGUGUCAGAUUCACUUUGAUCGGAGGCAACUGAAGUCCGUAAAGAGCAUGAAUAGCACGGUUAAUUGGUUUGCAUGGUGUCCUCAUGGGAAUUUUGCCCUUCUGGCAUCGGGGAGUGGGACUGUCUUGAUGCCCGUGCUAGUGAAACAGGGUACAAUUACCAAAUUGCCCAGAUUGGAAAUGAGCAAUGAAAGAAGUGUUCCGGAAAGGGAUUGUACGCUGGCAGUAAUUUAUGGGACAGCAGCUAUUCUUAUCCUCCAGCCAACGAGUAGUCGACUGGUGGAAGUUGUUAUUUAUAUGUUGAAUGGGCCAGGAUUGGCUCCAAGAAAGUGUCAUGUUUUGAGGUUAGGGCAUUCCGGAAGAUUUGCCAUAAAUAUCAUUGAUGAUUUGGUGAUUGUUCAUCACCAAGCCACGGCUACUUCCUUGCUUUUCGACGUGGCACAGUCGGGAGAGAUGGAUCCCAUUAGCAAAGUUAUCUAUCAUCAUCCCAUCAUUCCGGGAAAACCACUGAGGCCUUUUGCCCUGAAGCUGCCCAGCAUUUCGCUGGAUGGGCAAACUGUCAACUGUACGCUAUAUUCGCCAGACUGGGUUCUCUUCCAGCCCAAUAUUGUCAUAGACGCCAAAUUGGGAUGCUUCUGGUACGUGGAGCUCAAGCUAGAGCCUCUCUGCACACUGAUCACGGAUCGGGUGCGUCUUGUGGAGUUCCUGCUGCAGAGAACUGACGGAAAAGUCCAUCUCCUGACAGUUCUCCGAGAACUCCUUGGAGAAAAUUACCGAGGAACUCUCUUGCCAAUCAUUGAGAGUGUCUUCAAUAAAAUCAACAGCGUUUACCGAUCCUGGAUUGCCCAGGAACUUCAGAACCAAACAGCCACCCCAUCAACAGCCAAACCCAUUCCCAAAUCCACAGCCUCCCCGCGAGUUCUGAUCGAUCAGGCUGAUAUGCACUCCCAAGUCUUUCCGGCAAUUGCAGAAUCCGACCAUAUCGGAAAGAUUCUCAUGCUCUACCUCCAAUCGCUCACGGUGCACGAGAUUGCUGCUCAGCACGAUCUCAGCAAGAUGAUCGUGUGCGAGCUGAUCAAUGGGAAUCACAUUCAGGCUCUCCAGCAUGUAGUUGAGCAUUCUCUGAUCAGUGAAUCCAAGCCUCUUGCCUGCUUCCUGCUGUCCCUCUCAAAAAUGCAUCCCACCAUCGGGCAGAUAGCCCUGGACAUGCUGGCUAAGCUCAAUGCCCAUGAGAUCAUCAUCGAAGUGCUUCUGGGUCAAGGAAAAGUCAUAGAUGCUCUGAGAUUGGCAAAAAUCCUUCCGGAUGCUGACGUCCUGCCGGCCAGGAAGUUCCUGGAGGCUGCAAUGAAAACGGGAGAUUCGGUCAUUUUCCACUCGGUCUACAUGCAUUUUGUCCAAAGAAAUAUCAGGCUCAGGGGAUCUCCGGACUUCACCAGAGGUGAGUUUCUUCCAGAAUUUCCUUUUCAGACAAUUUCUCUAACCAGAAAAAAUUCCAGGGGAACUCUGCGGGGAAUAUGUUCAGCACUAUCUGAAGCUGUUUUGCGCCAAAUCGUCGAAUUAGGGAGGAUCGAUGAAGAAGGGACUUUGCUGCAAUAUUGUGAUAUAAAAAAUAUCAAGUUGAAUAAAUUAUAUUUUCCUGAAAUGCAGAAAAUCUUUAGGCUGCUGAGUCCUUUGAAAAAUCCCGUACCCUUCCUUCAUCAUUUUGAAAAAGAAGCAAUUUAAUCCCGACCGGAAAUUGAGGUGCACAUGCCUUCAAUUGUUUUUAAAGUACGUAGAAAAAAAAUUAAAUUCAAAUUCUUUAUUAAAAUGUUGAAAAAUUAUUUAAGAACACUUGAAAAUUAUAGGUAUUUUUUUUAACUUUUGGGUUACGAGUUUUUAAAAUUUUUCAAUUGAAAACUCCAGGCAUUUGAAGAGACAAAAAAAAGAUAUGUAGUUCUUUUGAAAACAUAUUUGACCUUUUUAGAACACUCGAAGUUGUAUAUGAUCACCAAUAGGUGGCGUUGGAUUUGUAACAUGUAUUUAUAGAAAAAAUUGCAGGACUUACAACAGAACGUGAUCCAGCAAAAAAGGACAUAAAAGGUAAGAAGGCGCCCUAUGCUUUGUGAAGCACCCGAACUUGUGACUUUAUGGCAAUAUAUUUCAAAAAGUACUUUUGCGUAAUUUACCGUUUACUGUUACAACCGAUUUGAACUUAUUUAUAAAUCACUCAAAAGAUCUUACAAAUCUUAGGAGUAAUAUAAAUUGAUUUUCAAGCAAAAAUAAGUGAUCGGCUCAUAAUCGGUUCAUAACUGGUUGCAACCGAUUCAGUAUUGUGAGAAAUUUCAAGACCUUUCCAACGAACCCAAAUAUGAUACUAUUCGGUUGAGAAAAACGCUCUCUAGAGCCUUUGUAAGCUUUAACCUUGAAAAACCGUGUUUUCGUAUCAGAACGAAAUGUUCGCCUGGAAAACCUCUAAAGCAGAGGUAUGCAAGAAACCGUUAAAACCGAAUUAACGUCAAAAUAAGUUUGUUAUAGUCAAUCGGCCCCUUUAAUGAACUUGGUUUUUGUCUUUGCUGAGGUUACCGGGAUUGAGUAGAAGCUAAAUGUAAACCCUUUCCAUUAUUACAAUUUCAUGAUUCUUACAAUAACCACAUUUGACAAUAAAAAAUAAAGCAAAAAAAAUUAAAAUUCGCAAGAAAUUAAAAGAAUAGUACUUAUAAUAUAUUUUGAAUAAUAUGUAUUCUUCAACCUUUUCCGACCAAUUUAAUUUUUGUAUUGUUUAAUUUUAUCAAAAAAA